CCUUCCCUUUUUGUAGACUUCGUUCUCAGCCAUGACUAAAAGGGGUGCCUGCAUUGACUGCAGCUUCUUCAUAUUCUGCAAUACCAUCCUCUGUUUCACCCUAGUCUUCUUCAUAGUGUGGUCCAUCUUCCUUCCCCAAGAACCACAAUUCCACAUUACCAAUGCAUCUCUAACCCAAUUCGACUUCACCAACACCAACAUCAACAAUACGCUCCACUACAACCUUGAGCUCAACAUUACCAUCAGAAACCAAAACAAGGUCGAUAUCUCUACUACUAUAAAGCAAGCAGGAGAGGAAGAUACUGCUGCUGGUUCUUACAGUAUUGAUGUGCAGCUUGCUCUUCAACUUAACGUCAGGUACGAGAUCUUCCAGACAAGGUAUUACCAGCAAUCAAGAAACAAGAUCAACUGCAAGCUCAAGGUUCCUCUGAGUACUAAAGAAAAAUCUUCUAUAUGUUUCAAGAGUACCAAGUGCAGAAAUGUAAAUAUUAUGUCGGAUCAUGUUGUCUAACCAAGAUGAUACUUUUAAUGAAUCAAAACUCAGCCUAAAUAGAGUACAGCUCAACUUGCCAUCUGCUUCCUUAGCAUUCAUAAUAUCAACACUCAAUGCAAUCUGUCAAUACAUAUGCCCAA